AUGACAUGGAUUAUUGGAUUUGGACCCAUAAGCCCUGCCCAAAAUUUAUUGCCUCAUAAUUUAUCUGGACAGGCACAAACCAGAGAGUUUCUUUUAAAAGUCGUUGAUAUCUUAGUAGAUUACAUUAACGACGUCAAUGAUCGAGACGAAAAAGUAUUGCAUUUUAAGCACCCCGAGGAAAUGUUACGACUGCUGAAAUUAGAUAUUCCCAACGAAGGUGUGCCAUUGCAAAAUUUAAUCGACGAUUGCAGUUUAACACUCAAGCAUCAAGUAAAAACAGGACAUCCGAGAUUUUUCAACCAGCUCUCAUGCGGUCUAGACAUCGUGUCCAUGGCGGGUGAGUGGCUAACAGCAACAGCAAACACGAACAUGUUCACGUACGAAAUCGCUCCAGUAUUUAUUCUUAUGGAAAACGUGGUGUUAACCAAGAUGAGAGAAAUCAUCGGGUGGAAGAACGGUGACUCGAUUUUUGCUCCAGGUGGAUCGAUAUCGAAUAUGUACGCGUUUUUGGCAGCCCGACAUAAAAUGUUCCCGGGGUACAAAGAACAAGGACUCCACUCAAUCAAAGGACAACUGGUCAUGUACACAUCGAACCAAUCUCAUUAUUCGGUUAAGAGUUGUGCAUCAGUAUGCGGGUUAGGAACAGAAAAUUGUGUCGAAGUACCUAGCGACGAAAGGGGCCGCAUGAUACCUUCUGAGCUGGAGCGCCUCAUAUUAGAAAGAAAGUCUAAAGGUCACAUACCGUUUUUCGUUACUGCCACAGCGGGUACAACUGUUCUUGGUGCAUUUGAUCCAAUCAACGAAAUUGCGGACAUUUGCGAAAAAUAUAAGCUGUGGCUCCACAUCGAUGCUGCCUGGGGUGGUGGGUUGCUUCUAUCUCGCAAGUACCGAUAUCCCCGUCUGGCUGGCAUUGAACGGGCUAACUCGGUGACUUGGAAUCCACACAAACUGAUGGGCACCUUACUUCAGUGCUCCACAAUACAUUUCCGAGAGAAUGGACUUUUGAUCAGCUGCAAUCAAAUGAGCGCGGAAUACUUAUUCAUGCAAGACAAACUGUACGACGUCCAAUACGAUACAGGUGACAAAGUAAUACAGUGUGGUCGUCACAACGAUGUGUUUAAACUUUGGCUACAAUGGCGUGCCAAGGGUACUGAAGGUUUCGAAAAACACAUGGAUCACUUGAUGGAACUCAGUGAAUAUAUGGUGGAGAAAAUUAAAGCAUCGCCAGACAAAUAUUAUUUACUCCUUGAACCGGAAAUGGUGAACGUCAGUUUUUGGUACGUGCCGAAACGCUUGCGAAACAUUCCACACUCGGCAAAACGAGCAGAAAGUCUUGGCCAGAUCACGCCAGUUCUGAAGGGAAAAAUGAUGGAAGUCGGCACGCUAAUGGUCGGAUAUCAGCCACUGAACGAGAUACCGAACUUCUUCCGGAACAUUAUAUCCAGCGCCGCAGUUACCAAGGCGGAUGUCGACUUUUUGUUGUCCGAACUGGACCGCCUAGGACAAGACCUUUAAAUCGGGAGGAAAAGAAACGAUUAAUGAUAAAUUUCGCUAGUCUCUAUAAAAUGUUUAGUUAUUAUUGUGUUAUGUUUUCGUAGACACUAUAUUAUCACGAUCCCCGGCCAAUGGCUCUAUUCCAGCCGUGCGCCGUAAAUAAUAAUAAUAAUAGGAAGCCUGUACAGACAGGCUGUCUGUGCUGCGUUUAUAAUAUAUAGAUAAAUCCCAUAGUUAUUAGUAAUUUUUCGUUUUAAAUAAAUAAUAAGUGAUAAGUGUUAUCCACGAUUUUUCUGAAUUAUUAUUAUUGUUGUUGUUGUAUAGUUGUAAUAAAAUAAAUAGUGUGCCUACUAUAUUAUACUAUUAUACUGUAUAAUAUAUUAUUAUAAUAUGCGUCGACCGCACGUUAUAUUAUAUUACAAAUUUACAAUAUUAUUUUUGCUUUUAAACAUCGACUUUUCUUUGAUUGCGAGUAUUUAUUAUUUUCCUCUCCGUUUUUAAGACCGCAUCUGGUAUUUAUGUGAUGAUGGAAAUCGGCUAAUAAUUUUCUUAAAGGCGUGAGUUGUAACAACAAUAAUAAUAAUAAUUAUUAUUAUUAUAUAGGUACCUACUAAGAUUAAACACUUCUGUCUAAUGACCACACGCAAAUCUAAUAUCGUUUAUAAGUCUUCAAUAUAAAAACCGUUCGAUAGCAUUGUUUUAUUGGAAUAAUAAUAUCCCUUAAAAUCAAUAGGGUUAAUAGUCCAUUUAAAUGUAUCCAGAACUUUUAUUCUUAACCUACAAUAAAUACCAACCUCCCGAUAACUGUUCAAUCAAUAAUAAAUUGUUUCAAUCGAAUGAUGGCAAUAAUAAUAAUACGACAUAAUAAUAAACCUAUCCAUUACGGUUUGGUACACUAAAGAUAAUCACGUAAAACGUGAACAAUAUUCGAAACGAAAAAUUGGUGUCUGUUAAAAUAAAUAAGUAAUAUUAUUAAUUACGGUUUAUCUUAACUUUUGUACACGAUUUUUCGGUUCGAGUGGGUUUGCGUCUUAUAUAACCAGGUUUAAUAUAUAUAUAUAUAUAUAUAUAUGUUUGCAUGCUUCAAAAACACUAUAGUGAAGAAAAUCCACAAACGUUUUUCAAUGCACUUUUUUUUAUCUUUAGAUACACCGUUGUUUUUCCGCACCGUUUUAUUCGCACAUUUGCACAAAAGUUUUUUAUUCGCACUGUUGCACUUCAAAAUAUUAUGCACUUCAGUCUUACACUCUUACACAAUUUACACUUUCUAUACUUUUUAAGCAUAUAUAUAUUAUAUGUAUAAUAUAAUAAUAACAUAAUCAUGGACGUUCUUAAAUAGCUGAGCGUACAAGACACGAGCGACAAAAAGCCCAGUCCAUCUCCGAAUCUCCCAAGCUUAAUAUUUAAUAUAUUACUACAUGACUAUUUAAAACACAAAAAGUGUUAAAAUCUGUUGUAAAAAUUUACUUUUUAUAAUUUUAACGUUUUUAAUAUUUUCUAAAAAAAAAUGGACGUUCUUGA